CUCGGCGCCGCUCCCUGCCGUGCCGGGCGGCGGCGGAAGUGCGCGGAGCGGCCAUGGCGGCGGUGGAUAUCCGAGAUAAUCUCUUGGGAAUUUCCUGGGUGGACAGCUCCUUGGUUCCAGUACUGAACAAUGGGAACGUGUUGGACUAUUUCUCAGAGCGAAGUAACCCAUUCUAUGACCGAACAUGUAACAACGAAGUGGUCAAAAUGCAGCGGAUGACCUUGGACCAUUUGAACCAGAUGGUUGGAGUGGAGUAUAUCCUCCUUCACACUCAAGAGCCCAUUCUCUUCAUUAUCCGAAAACAGCAAAGGCAGUCUCCAACACAAGUUAUUCCAUUGGCUGACUACUAUAUUAUUGCUGGAGUGAUAUAUCAGGCACCCGACUUAGGCUCUGUCAUUAACUCCAGAGUUCUCACUGCAGUGCAUGGAAUUCAGUCUGCUUUUGAAGAAGCUAUGUCCUACUGUCGCUAUCACCCAUCCAAAGGCUACUGGUGGCAUUUCAAAGAUCAAGAGGAACGAGAGAAAGCUAAACCAAAAGCCAAGAAGAAAGAAGAACCAAGUUCUAUUUUCCAAAGGCAACGAGUAGAUGCUUUGCUCCUAGACCUGAGGCAGAAGUUUCCUCCCAGAUUUGUUCAGCAAAAGCCUGGAGAAAAGCCUGUCCCAGUGGAUCAGAUCAAGAAGGAGCCAGAACCAGCCCCUGAAGCUGUCAAGCCAGAGGAAAAAGAGGCUGUUAAGAAUGCUCAGCAGAGUUCUGGCACUAAAGGACCACCUGAAAAACGGAUGAGACUCCAGUGAAGAGAGAAAUUCUUAUGCAUCUGGAUGAAUAAGUACAUCGAAAAUGGGAGAUUGGUGCUCCCCUUUCUUUGUAUUUGAUCUCUUCCACAGGCACUGAGGUCUCCCUUAAGAGCUUUUUCUGUAGCAACCUGGCAGGCAAAUGGUCAUGUCAGGAUGUGAGCUGCCUCAGAAGUGUUUUCGUCUUAUUUGGAACUGUGUCUUUAGAGAACAGUGUUCAUUGGUCACAUUUUGCAGCCUCCUGAAGCCUUCACAAACUCUUGCAGUCUUUGUAUCUUGGUUUCCUAGGUGAAAAGAAGGACCUUCUAUAAAAAAAAUAAACCCCAAAGCAAACCAGUCUAAAUUCUUGGAAAAUAAAACUGGCUGCUAGAA